AUCCACUUCCCUCCGCCCUGCCGUCAGAUGGUCGGGACCGGGCGCCGCUGCUGUGGCCCCUCCGGCGCCACCCCUGCCAUGAACUGCCGCGCCGAGGUGCUGGAGGUGUCGGUGGAGGGGCGGCAGGUGGAGGAGGCCAUGCUGGCUGUGCUCCACACCAUCCUGCUGCACCGCAGCACCGGCAAGUUCCACUACAAGAAGGAGGGCACCUACUCCAUUGGCACCGUGGGCACCCAGGACGUGGACUGCGACUUCAUCGACUUCGCCUACGUCCGCGUCUCCUCCGAGGAGCUCGACCGAGCGCUCCGCAAGGCUGUCGGGGAGUUCAAGGACGCGCUGCGUGGCUCUGGCUCCGACGGCAUGGGGCAGAUCUCCCUGGAGUUCUACCAGAAGAAGAAGUCACGGUGGCCCUUCUCGGACGAGUGCAUUCCCUGGGAGCUCUGGACCAUCAAGGUGAACGUGGUGAACCUGGCGAACGAGCAGGAGCGGCAGAUCUGCCGCGAGAAGGUGGGCGAGAAGCUCUGCGAGAAGAUCAUCAACAUUGUGGAGGUUAUGAACCGCCACGAGUACCUGCCCAAGAUGCCCACCCAGUCCGAGGUGGACAAUGUCUUCGACACCAGCCUGAAGGACGUGCAGCCCUACCUGUACAAGAUCUCCUACCAGAUCACGGACUCCCUGGGCACCUCAGUCACCACCACCAUGCGCCGGCUCAUCAAGGACACGCUGGCGCUGUAGGGCUGGUGUCACCCAGGUAGGGUCACCGUGGGCCGUGGCACUUUUGGGACAGUGACUCUGCUUGGAUCUUCCUCCUUCACCUCCAGAAAGCCUCUGGGAUGAGCUUGGCUUGGCCUGGCCUGUAAUUUGGGGCUUGCUGCUCCUUGGUUUAUGCUGUGGGGUUUUGUCCAUCCUGGAGAACUGGCUCAGUGGCUCCAGCCUGGCUGAUGACCGGGGUGAGUCCUCAGGGCAUGUGUGGCAGCAGCUCCAAGUGGUGCUGGGGCCUGGCAGAGCUUGCUGGGGAUCUGGGUGACACCUGAACCCCACCCCUCUGCAGCACACUUGGUGCCACACAGCCAGUGCUGGCCGUGUCCCUUAUCACCCCCUGUCCCCCGGUGUCACUCCUGUCCCUGGAGGGGCCAGAGCUGCCCCAAAAAUAAAAUGUUUCUGCUUUCACAUG